CAAAAGGCAUUUGCCAAAUGACAUCAUCUUCCAGAACCAGGAAGUGCAUUUUUGGUGGGAAAACAACAGCAGGGCCCCAAAUAUGAUUGGAUCAGAUUGGAUCAAAUCUUGAAAAUAAAUUCUUAUCUGUUCAGAUUAGAUUAUGUCUUGGUUUUGAUCUGGGUCAAAACAUCAGCAGUGAAUUCAGGGUAAAUAUGGACACUUUUUGCCAUUGAGAUUGCUUGAAAAAUGACCAAAUUAACCCCUGUCUGUGUGUUGUUAAAAACUUUUAGGUAAGGUUGGGAUUGAUCCAAAACAUCAGGAAUAUCCUGGAAAAAAAGAGUGGAUUUAGAUUGGAUUUAAGGAACAAAUUAAAACUUCAAAAUUGGUCAUAUAGCCUAAUACAAUAGGCUACUUGAAGCAUUCUGAUCCGGAUUAAACUUUUAGAGUUUUAGCAAAGGAUUUGGUAAUUGCUGUGAUGUUAUUUGAUUUGGUUAAUUUGUCUCACUCUUAAAUUCUACAUCUCAUUAGAUAAAAUGACAUAAAAAGUGUUAUUAUCAUAUAAAAUAUGAAUUUGAAAUAAACACAAAGUUGACACCAUAACAGUCAAACGCUAAUUCUUUAUUUUUGUUAUAAAUAGGUCUACUCAAAGAUCGAAGCCUGAGCUUUAUCAGAACAUAUUUCUGAAAGUUACUUUAAGAUGUAUAUAUAUUUUUUGACUAUAAUAACACUAGAAUGUAUUUUUAAAGGCACAGAGUUAAAGGUUCUGCGUGGCAGGAAUGACACACCUGUGACAGGUACGAUAAGCAGGUAAUUUUCCGUGAGUAAACAUGUCAGCCAAUCAGAACAGCCAUGAGCUUCUACGUCAGCAGUCUUUCACGCUCCGUCACAUGAAGCUGUAAAACUCACCUGUGAACGUGGGAUGGGCUGGGCGCGGAAGCUCAAAAUGUGGGGGUUCAUCUCGUACCUGAACAGCCCCGAGCUGGUGGCCGGCUUCCAGCGGUGCUGCGGCCUGGUUCCGAGAGAGACGCGCUCGUAUGUUAGUCGAAACGGACUCGUACACGCGAAUGGAUCCGGUAGGGACGGUCCGGUCACGAUACACCGGCGCAAAGCGGAGCAGGUGGCGAACGGGACGUCACGCGCACACGACAGUAACUCCAACUAUAAAUCCGCCAGUUCACAGUAUGAAACCAAAGGCGAAGAACAUCACAGGCCUCUUUAUGAGGUGAGGAACUGGCUCUUCUACUUCCUGUUUGUGACAUCAGCCACACUGGGACAUGAAGUCUUUUACAUCACCUUCCUGCCCUGCAUCCACUGGAACCUCGACCCGUUUCUGUGCAGGCGGCUUGUCAAUGUGUGGGCUGUGGUGAUGUAUAUUGGGCAAGUGAUGAAGGAUAUUUUAAAGCUUCCGCGUCCUUCAUCUCCCCCUGUGGUCAAACUGGAGACACGUGUGGAUGCGGAGUAUGGGAUGCCAUCCACACACGCCAUGGCAGCGACGGCCAUCUCAUUUACGCUGCUUCUCAGUGCUCAGGAGAGAGUGAAGUUCCCGUUUGAACUGGGACUGAUUGUGGCCGUGGUUCUGUCUGCGCUGGUGUGUCUGAGUCGUCUUUACACCGGCAUGCAUUCUGCUCUGGAUGUGAUCUGUGGUGUUUUAAUUUCAGCGGUCAUCAUGGCUGUGUCGUACCCGUACUGGGGAACCAUUGACUACCUGCAGCUGCACAACCCGCUCUCCCCCGUGGUGGGGGUGGUUCUGCCCCUCUUCCUGUCCUAUAAGUACCCCGAGCUGGACCAUUACAGCACCACACGGGGGGACACCACCAUUAUUUUAGCAUGCUGUUCGGGAUGUUCAGUUGGAUACUGGGUGAAUGAGCGACUGGGCUUGACCUUCGACCUAGCCGGGCCUUUUCCAGUGACCCUUCCACCGCUGACCCUCGUGGCCUUGGGUCUCGGUGUGGCGCGGUUCUUGGUCGGGUUAGGGAUGCUGGUUCUGACCCGGCAGACGGUGCGCUGGGCGAGUCUGCGGGUGCUCUGUCGAAUUAACGGAGCGUCUGUGAGUGACGUUGAUGCACGCAGGAGGAAAGAGAUUGAAGUGCCGUAUAAGUUCAGCACGUAUGUUGCCAUCGGACUGGUCAACAGUAUCUUAGUGAACAGAGUGUUUGUGAUGAUGGGACUCUGGGAUUUGGGAAAUUCUGUGUAAUUUCACAGUGUUUACAGGCAAGUUUGAACAGAAUCUCACUCCGUAAUUCAUUCUCAGGGAAAAAAAUCACUGUAUGCUUUGUUCAGGAAUGGUUGGCACAUAUAAAUGCUCACAUUGAACAGUAGUUUGUUAAACCUACUAGCUGCAUUUUGUCAGAUUUUGAAAACCGAAUUACAUUUUGUGGAUGUUUUGCAUCAGAUUCGCUUGAUGUUUAAGGGAAUAUUCUUGGUUAAAUUCAAGCUAAAGGUGAACGGUGUAAUUUGUGUCACCAACUGAAAUCAGAAACGCAUACAAAUCAUUUGAAAAUGACUAAUGAAUCAUUUCCUUAAUGCUCAUCUGCUAAGAAAAAGAUUUCACCACACAGAUUUCGUGACGGGUUCAAGAUGGUCACACAAAUUUGUUGACUAACAGAAAGCUGCUUGAGUUGUGCUACACCAUUGACAAAGGACCUUUUGGCCCUCAAAAUAUCGCUCAAAUUUUGCGAAUGUGGCCGCAAUGCGUUCCUUGAAGGAAAAAGGACCAAGUUCAGUUUUGUGACAUCACAAUGACAAGCUUAAAAGAUAGAUGAUGAUGUUAGCAUGAUCACAGAUGAUGUUUAAUAAUGACCAGUUUUACUAACACAGUGCUUUGACUGCCUCAAAUCUAUGUUUUUUUUUAAAAAUGUGUAUGCAUUUGAUAUUUAUUACAAAAUACUGAAGAACAUAUUUUGUUCUUUGAGUUGCCAGGUAUGAUACUCAGGAUGUGUGUUUAUGAGCUUUUACUGAUGUGGUAAAAGAAAUGAAUAAACACAUUAAAAACA